UUUUAUAACAAAUAUCUAUUGUGAAUGCAUAAAAUAACCGUGGAUACUGAAUUUUGUUUACACCAACAAAACUCUACUGUCAAAUUUUUGUUUUGAUCAGCCGGAAAUGGAUGGUUAUUAUAACACAAGUAAUUUUAAACAGAUUUUAAACAGCGUAUUGGCGCAAUAUACUCAAUGCUUCUUACGAAAUAUUGUUAUAUGCAACGACAAGAGCCGCGAAAUUGUUAUUGUUCCACACGUGUGUGCUGUAGUCAAAAGAGAAAAAAGAACCUUGCAGAAAUUUACUGCACGGAACGACACAAGAAAUUAAAAGUAAACGGAUCCAGAUGCGACAUAAAAAAUAAUUUUACCAAUAUCCAGCAGAGGUCGGCGUGUUGCACUAGAAAAUGGUCAAGGGAAAAGGCGAUGUAAGUUGGUUGCUGUUCAUGGUAUGCUUUUGAGCCUCAGCACGGCGAAAGUAGCGGAGAGAGCAGCAUCGAGCACCUGCCUCUUUUUUGUGUGCCCAAUAGUUUUAUGCAGAACACUCUUCAAAGAAGCAAUAGUUGAAAUAGCUCAAGUGCCACGACAGCUGGUUCUACGCACCGGAAUUUAUCCAGCCAAGUCCUGUUUUUUUGGCGAUCUUAGACAUUUGGGGAUUCACAAAACAUUGCUAUUUAAAGGUAAUAAACCAUAAAGAAAUGCAUAAAGUGAUUAUUGGCGGAUUUCAAAUUGUACUGGUUUGAGAGGAGCAUUUACCCACACCCUAAAAUACAUUGGGUUAUUUUUAGUUUUCGGAUUGGGACUCAUUUCUGCGUUUCUUACUAAGCCAAAAAGCAGCGUUUGCGAUAAUCGGAGGCAGAAUCGGAUUAUCAGAACUGCGAGAAAUCUUAUUGAAACUCAAUAAUUCCGGUAGCCCCCACAUAUGUAUGCCAAAUUUUGAGUUGUAUUAAUAUAACUUAGUGGAAAUAUGUUCCCAAACUUGCUUUAGUUUAAUGUCGUAGUUAAAUGAUUUCUGCUCAGACUUUCCUCUAGUUACAAUAAACUCGGUGUAGUUAUGUAUUUUCGAUUUUUCAGCUGACUUUAAACGAUUUAAAUAUAUACAUACAUAUAUAUGUAGGUCAAUAUGUGUGAUAUUAUAAUUAAAUUAAUUGCUCCGUAAACAUAAUGUUUCUCGAACCUAGUUUUUCCUUACUUAUUUUGGUUAGUGACUUUAAUUGUAAAUUGGUUUGCAAAAAGUCUGAUCUAUUAUUUCUGAAAACUGUGUUAAAAAAAUUAAUAAAAGCUGCAGAAUAAGCAUGCAGCUAUAUGACUAAUUGGUUCGAUUAACUUAAAAGCUUGAGUUUUUACCAUUGCUAGAAUAUGCACUUUGUUUUCAUAUUUGGAGUGCGAGCCAAUGGUUGGUAGUUUGAUAUAAACACUUUCAGUUGUAACACAAAAGUUGUUGGUACAUUUUACGUUUAAAGCAAAAAUAUCUCUUUAAAAAAUGGCCAAAAUAGAGCACGGAUACGGGUUUCGGCAAUUGAUGGGCGCACUUGCGGCCCUAAUUUAUGUGUUGGUAAUCACAAUAGGAUUUUCGUGUUGCUGGAUCCUGGCCCUUGGAUUACUUCUUUAUGGCAACUUAUUUUGGAGAAUAACAAUGCUUCUCUAUAUUUGCUAUAUUCAUAUGUCAAGCGCGAAAUUCAUUUUGAACAUCAAAGGAAAUGGCAUCAGAUUCUUUCGCAGUAACUGGCUUUGGAAACAACUACGCCUUUAUUUUCCAAUCGAGUUGGUGAAAACAGUAGAUUUACCUGCCAACCGUCAUUAUGUGUUCGCGACUUUUCCACAUGGUGUUAUGACUUAUGGCUGCAGCGUUAACAUUACAUAUGACAUUGACAAUUGGCUAGCACUAUUUCCCGGUAUACGGCCGAGGCAGACGAUUCUGAAUGCCACCUAUUUGACGCCGUUCUUGCAUGAAUAUUUGCGCCUUUGCGGUUUUAUUUCGGUAUCGGAAAAGUCUUUAAUGCAUUAUUUGACCAGUCGCUGGCAGGGUGAUGGUUUCACGUCUAACGGUGUUUUCAUUAUGGUUGGCGGUGCACAGGAGGCUUUAGACUCUCGUCCUGGCCAAUAUGAGCUGACAUUUUUGAGACGUAAAGGAUUUGUUCGGGUAGCCAUAAAAAGUGGCGCUGCUAUCGUUCCAUGUUUCACCUUCGGUGAGGUGGACAGCUUCGAGCGUUGGGAUGGAAAAUGGGCUUUGCAUUGGCAAUUGGCAGUGAAAUACUUACUGGGCAUAUCGAUAAUACUAAUAAAGGGGCGUGGUGGCCUUCCACUUCCAUUCAAGCGCCGUAUUGUACAAGUGGUCGGCAAACCAAUCGAAGUGCAACAAAAUGAUAACCCUCAACCGGAAUAUGUGGACGAAAUUCAUCAAAAAGUCAUUGAAGGUGUUAAAGAUUUAUUUGAGACCCACAAAAUUAGUUACAUCGAAAAUUACGAAAAUGUUAAACUUGUAAUUAAGUAAUAUUGUUAAUUGUAAUGAUUAGGUGGUGCUGUAUUCGAGUAAUUUUAUGACCUCUUUGCUCUUGAAUGUUCGUUUGCUUUUUGAGAAAAUAAAAAAAAAGAGCUGUAAUUGUUGCUCGUGAUGUCUUCGAGUUCUAAAUGAGCUUUCUAAAGUCAGACUUCAAAUAUUUCGUCUUUAUCAUUAUUUUAAUUAUUUGUUCUUAUCUUUUUGGUACAAUUUCGGGUAGUGUCUAAACUCUUAAGCUCUUGAUCGCCAUUUUCAUGUAUUUCGGAAUCUCUCUUCUCUCAAAUAUUGAGUGUAGAAAGGUGAAUAUAAUCCCACUUAAAGGAGUGAAACUCGAUUAUAACCAAGUAAGUGGUGUAAACGUCAAUAAAGAAGAAGAAAAAAGUGAAUAUUAACUGGGUUAUCAUUUGUAAUAUCGAAAAUAACUGUAAAUUUAGUCACCCAGCUAAAAUUUUUCAUACCAUAGUUGAUUAUGGGGUCUCUUUGUAAAUUCUCGUAUGUACAACAUUGAUCUUGCCCCGACGAAAGUCAAUGACCGAAGUUUAAAUAUUCAAUUACUUCGACAUGUUCCAAGGCUCCUUAAUUAGUAAUCGUUGUAGCUGUAAUUUAGUUAUUAAAUACGAGUAUAUGUAAAUACAUAACAUAUUUCUACAUAUGUAUGAGUGUAUGUACAAAAGAAAUUCAUAGCAGCAAUAAGAAUUAU